CGUCGAUGAUGGUGGUUGAAAUUUCCUCUAUUUUGCCGACGAUUUGCACGAAAGAUGCAACUUGACAGCGGUUGCUUGGGGCGUGUGCGUCACCCUUGCACCCCAAACCAGCGCAGAUGCAUGUGCAAGGCCGGCGUGGUGCUGCCGGGCAGCCUGCACACGACUCAAAUCCAACCACAAACGAGAAAAAUAAAACCCUACCAUUUCGUGUGUCGGGCACUGUCACUUUCCACGACCCAAAGCAAAGAAGCGCACACGCUUUCGAUCGCCCCCCCUCGCCUCCAACCAAGAGAUCAACUCGCCGUUUCUCAAAGAAGAAGGACAGCAAGUCCCAAGAUGCCUGUGGCUCAACAAGAAUUCCGGGAGGUGCGCCGCUCCGGCAACCCCUGCUGCCGCAUCGUCCUCUAUGCCCUGGCCACCGUCAUGUGCAUGGUGGCCUUGACCGGGUACCUGAUCCUGACCGACGGACACCUUUUCACCUUUUGCACGUUCACAGAGUGCAAGUUGGUCGUCUAUGGGCUGAUCACUUGUUCCGUCGUGGGCUUUGCCCUGUGCUUCAUUCCGUGCUGCAAUGUGCCCGUGCUGGAGCCACUUCUGUCCACGCUCGUUGCUCUCCUGGCUACCACAUGCGCCGGGUUCCUUCUUCACGACCUCGUCUCGGCCUGUGAUGUUGGAACCGAAAACGAGCGCGUCGUUGAAGCCUGCAUUCGCGACAUGCCGUACCAACUGGACAUGGUCGUGGCUGGCACCACUGUGGGUGCCAUUCUUUGGCUUGUUUCCUCCAUCGCCGCUUGCUGCAGCGUCAACUGUGGCCGCCGCUGGGUUGUGCGACAGUAUUACUCGGAGUUCCAGAACCCCGCAGCUGUCAUGUAAACCAUGCGUCCACGCGUUCCCCACACGCAAAACACACCGCGACACACACACACACACACACACACACACACACACACACACACACACACACACACACACACACACACACACACACACACACACACACACACA